ACAGUAAUAGAGUAAAGGAAUUGCAUCACAUUUGGCGGUCUUCCAUUUCUUUUAUCUCAGGGACGUUUCCUCUGGGGAGGUGUUCUGCCAUUAAUCCCCAGUAAUCUCCUUCUUUUUGGGACAUGCCUCCCGGUCCUUUCUGUGCUGGUCUAGCAAAUAAUAGGUAGAUACAUUGAUUUAUUGUGGUAAAUCAGAAAAAUCAGAACUGGUUUUAUUAUUUACUAUAUAAAUCUAUCUACCUAUCCCUCUGUUCCCUCUCCUUGCCCAGCAACAUGUCCAAAGCGUAGCAAAUAAUAGGUAGAUACAUUGAUUUAUAUAGUAAAUAAUAAAAUCAGUUCUGAUUUUUCUGAUUUACAUAGUAAAUAAUAAAAUUAGUUUUAAUUUUUGUAGAAUGCCCUGCCAAAAUAUAGUAUGCCAACAAACUUUUUAUUGUAUCCCCCGGCAGUACGCUGGUGAGGUACUUUGGAUUGAGCAGCGUUACGCCAUGUUCGCCCCCGCCACCGCCGGUCAUAUUUUGGUGGCUGUCUUUUGUGUGCUCUAACUGCCACAUUUCUUGACACAUUUCUUUCAUACUUUCUACAGAAAUGCAUUAUACUCUAAUCUACACACAUAUUGUUUUGGUGAUGCUACUCCUAGUGAUCAUCUCCAAGUCAUCUUUUUGUUUCAGAGAGGGGAGAGGGGAUUUUUGUCCUUCCAACAUAAGGAUGACACAAAAUGGUUGCCACUGCCGGGGGAUACAGAUUGCGAUAUUUCUAGUUUUAAUCCCGUCUGUUAGUAUUUUUUAUGCUUCUUCUUGCUAAUGCCCAUCACACAUUCAAAUAUCUUAUUUUUAGUAUGUUUAACAAUAUUUUCAUACAUUUUUCGUAAUAAUCUACUCUUGAAAUUGCUUGAAAAUCAUGAAAAAUCACUGUGAUUACGACCAGAAAAUAAAGUACACAUACACAAUCAAUGGAUGUAAUAUGUCUGAAAGUAUCUUUUUAUCCUUUAAUGAAUCCUUCAGGCACUUACAAAGGUCUCAUUGAAAGCUAAUUAUCUUGAGAUGAAACAUGAGAUUUUGAAUCAUGGAUUGAAGGCAAAUUAGCAUUUAUGCCCUCUAGUAUUUCCACUUCAUUAUGUAUCAAACAGGAAAUUACUAUAUUCUAUAACUAUUGAGUCGUUACGUCAGGAAAAUUUUCAAAUUCAUCAAGUACUGAUGACCUCAUCCAUGGGUCAUUUUUUUUCUUUUUUCUUUUUUUGGACAUUCCAGUUAUUGUCCGUGCUCUGAAACUUGGUAUCUUGUUAUAAUCUACAAGCAUAUAGAUUUUCGUUAUGCUGCCUCCAGUGUUCCAGAAAAUAUAGUACACACACAAAAUCAAUGGAUAUGUUUGAAAGUAUCUUAUUAUCCUUUAAUGAAUCCCUCAGGUACUAAUACAAAGAUCUGAUUGAAAGCUAAUUAUCUUGAGAUGCCAUUUUGAAACAUGGAUUGAAGGCCAAUUAGCAUUCAUGCCCUCUAGUAUUUCCAUUUCAUUAUGUAUCAAACAGGAAAUUACUAAAUUCUAUAACUAUUGAGUUUUUACGUCACAAAAUUAGGAAUCAAAGCACCGUGCAUGAUGUUGGGUAAUAUUUCUUUUUACAGCAGCAGUCAGAUCAAGCUUUUGUCCCGCUUCAAUUCACUUAGAAUUGCUUCCGAACAAGACAAUGGUAGGAAGAGGAAAGGAAAUCUUUGUCUGGGCAUGAUCAGCAGUAUACGUCCAAACAUAAGAUAUUUAGAUCAUUCAAUGAUCUGCUUCUGCAUUUGCAUGCAGUUUGUAGAACAUUCUCCCUCAGCUACUCUGCUCUUGCUAUACAUUGUUUGUUCUCUACCUUGAAGACUUUAAGUUUGCAUACAACCAGCCACUCUUCAAAUCUUGAAGGAAGGAAUCAUGGACUGCUCUUGUCAUAGGUGUCUUUUGUCAGGCUUUUAAAUGCUUGCACUCUAAAAGUUCCCAGAUUGGCUUCUAUGGAUUGGACAUUCUACUUCAAUCUGCUUUCGCUCCUGUCCAUUAAACCGGCAAGAUGAAUCUUCAUAUCUUCUUGUUUGUGCUUGCCUUCAUUGGGAGAACAGUCCAAGGAAAAUGUCCUGUUGGUUGUGACUGUGACACGGUAAACGGUUUGGUCAAUGUGGACUGCGCUUGGUGUGGUCUUAACAAUGUUCCAGAGGACAUUCCAUGCGAUGCUGGUGAAGUUAUCCUGCAUACUAACUAUAUCACUAGACUCAAUAAAAAGUCAUUCUCCUGCCAUAUCCAAAUGAAUAAACUUUUCCUAUCACAAAAUAAAUUGAAAUAUAUUGAGAAAAAUGUUUUUGAACGAUUGGUGGAACUAACAUACAUCGAACUUGAUUCAAAUGAACUUGUGAGCAUUCCAUAUCUUGGCUCAUUACCUCACCUUUUCGAUGUAUCUAUCUCUAAAAAUUCUUUGUUAGAGUGGCCACAGUUGUUUCUUUCUAGUAUGCCAGGAAGACGACCUUUCAAGAUGAGUUUGGCAUACAACAAACUACCUGAUGCACCAAAGGUUCCCUUCAAAAUAUGGAACUUUAAUCUUGAAGGAAACGCUGUUACUGAUCUGUCCAAUGCAGUGUUUACAUAUCCUAAAGUGAUUUUAGAGCUGAAUAUUGAUAAAAAUAACGUAGAGUACCUGGAGAAGUUGCAGAAGAUGGACAAUCUUAUGAUACUUUCCCUGGAAUCCAAUGGAAUUCGAAGCAUUGCUGACACCAUAUUUGCCUACCUUCCUUCACUUGAAAGAAUUAACCUGGCAAGAAAUAAAAUUGUUGAUGUCUCACCCUUCAGAAACAUGUCAUAUAUUACAGAGAUUAUAUUGACAGAAAACAAUAUAAGACAUAUCCGUCACCCAGCUUUUACUAACAUUCCAAAUAUAGCUUUCAUCGAUCUAAAGGAUAAUGAAAUUGUUUGUUAUAUACCUCACUCUGACUUCAGUGUACCAUCGAGCCUUCUUCUUGGCAGCAACAAAAUUUCAGUUAUAAACAUGAAUCCUGCAGGGAACUAUUCAAAUGUAGUAAUUCUAAAUAUCAACAACAACCAUCUUGGUAACUUUUCUAUUCAUCCGUUCCCUGGUUUAUCUAGUCUUUAUGCUUCAAACAAUUUCAUUAAAGAUGUGAUAUCUCUCAAGUAUGAACAUCGUUUUCUAACAUACAUCAACUUGUGCUAUAACCAAAUCGGGAAUGUGAAAAACUUUGAAAACCUACCUGCCCUAAAGUGGCUGGUUCUCUGUCAUAACUCCAUCAAAACCUUGGAUGAUAACAGCCUCAUCGACUCGUUUAGUCUUCUUACCCUUGACCUAAGCUACAAUAAGUUGUCAGAACUCCUAAACUUCACAGCUUUGCCUGCUCUGAGUUGUCUUGAUUUAUCAGGCAACAUCCUUCAUGUGAUAGGAAAUGCAACCUUUGACCACCUACCAAGGCUUGUUACUCUAAACCUUAGCCAAAAUAAAAUCUCAAAACUUGGUUUUCUCAGUUCAAUGCCAUCCCUUGAAACUCUAACUUUAAGUCACAACCAGCUAAGGACCAUCCACCCCCAUGACUUCUCUAAUCUAAACAAUCUUAGAUUUUUGCAGUUAGCUUCCAAUUUUAUUGUAGAGUUUGAAAACAUCAACUUGCCUUCUCUUCAAAGACUUGACAUCGGUUUUAAUUUCUUAACUCAUAUGAAUUUUAAUCAUUUAUUGGAUCACAGAAUUCUAUAUAUCAAUGUUGAGAGUAACAGAAUAGCUGAGGUUAUAUCCACUCAUGCUCCACUUGUAAGUAUCAUUGUAAACAACAAUGGGAUUGGAUCAUUAAAUUCAAGUUUGUUAUCUGGGUAUAAUGUUUUUGCAUCCAGCAAUAACCUGACCAAUUUCAACCAGGUUCGUAUUACACCAGGUUUGAUUGGACUUUACCUCAAUAAAAACCACCUCUCAUGCAUACCUGAUUACACUUUCUCCCUAGCAUCCUCUCUGGAAUUUCUUGAAUUGGCUGACAAUCUAAUAGUCAAAGUAACAAAUUUAUCCUUUGUUGGCCUUCAGCUCGUUAGAACUCUGAAUCUGGAAAGAAAUCAAAUAGUCCACCUAUCUUCUGGGGUGUUUUCAUAUAUUGGGGAUCUGAAAACUCUUGAACUGAGUGGAAAUCCUUUGACAUAUAAGUCAAGUCGGCCAUUUAUGGGAAUACAGGGUCUUGAAUAUCUUAAACUUGCUAAUAUGCCAUUUUCAAAUGUGUCCCUUCAUGUGUUGGAAGACAUUCAACUU